GGUGAUAAAAUGCUUGUUGAAGUGCCGAAUCAGAUUCCACCAUGCAUUCACGGUGCAUAUACCAUACAUUCAGGAUAUACCAUAACCACUUUGUGUGCGUUCUCGCGAGAUCUAAGAAACAGCGCCCCCUUGUUUAAAAGCGACAGGAGGUACGAGAAUAGCGGCUAAUGAUAGCAAGAUACACAAUUAAGGAUUUAUGUCACUUCACCGACACAGUGGAGGUAAACCAGAAGUUGCAGGAGGACGUAUUCUCGACUAAACCUCCGUUUAUUUCUGCUACAUUCCUUCUGAGGCUUGAAGCCAGCGAGAGAGCCCCGCUCAUCCCGAGAACUGGGAAGCGGCCUGCUUUUGUAGCCGGCUCUCCGGUGCAGCUUAGGCGGCUAGCUGUCACCAGAGCUCGGUGAUAUCUCUUUGCUUAUUUUUCUUUAGACCAAGAGAAGCUUCGGAGCUCCGAAAUCACUUUGCUUUAAAAUCCACCGCCUCUCUUUAACAAAAUAUCCCCCUUUGACGUACAGCUGUAGGCGAUUUUCACCAAAGGACCAUUUUUCUCCGGAGCGUCCUGUUUUGUUUUCAAGUCGCCAUGAAUCUCUGCGAACAACAAUAAUAACAACCACAACGAGCCAGCUGGAGCUGCACCGCUGAGCGCCACCGAUGCCUCGUUGUGGGAUCAUAAAUGCUUUUUGUGGUACCAGCUCUGGACCGACGUGAAAAACGGGGACGAGGGUGCAUGUGGACUAUGACAUACAGCGGGAAAACGAUGCAAACCGGAGCACCUUGUCACGAAAGCCCCCGGCUGGAUUUCGGAGCUGCUGCUAGCUAACUAACAUUAAAGGCCACUGGCGGAGGAGAGAGUGCCACAUGAUGCUUUGUCUGGUCAUAACUCGCGGACUGUAUGGAAUCAAAAUGAGCCGACUUGGAUGAACCGAUGCAUGAAUGGUCUCCUUGUGAAUGCGCUCCCAUCAGAAACGGCACUACUUUCAGAGCUGGGACACACUGAGGAUGGAUCGGGUUUGACUGGGGAUGAGUAACCUCUAUCGCUCUGUGUACAGUCUGUGGAUUUACCGACGAGGAACUAAAAACGUUAUAUACAUCUAUGAUCGCUUCAAAGCCACCAGACUCCCUUGACAAAAACAGUGAUUUUACCUCACAGAACACGGGAGUCGCGGGGCAGCCUCUGCCACGUUUGUUUGUUAUUGUGUGAUUUUUAACGUAGUAAUACAUCUGAACGGAUCGGACUGGAGCCCCGGGCCAGGUAGCUGAGAUGAACCCGGUGAAUGCGACCUCUCUCUACGUUUCCGCGAGCCGGUCGGUGCUGCAGUGCGACCCCCGAGACCCCCGGGCCCUGGCGGAGCUCUGCAAGCUGCUACCGUUUUUCCGCCAGUCCCUGUCCUGCCUGGUCUGUGGUAACCUGCUGCAGGACCCCAUAGCUCCCACCAACUCAGCAUGUCAGCAUUACGUCUGUCGAGGCUGUAAGGGUCAGAGGAUGCAGCUGAAGCCAUCCUGUAGUUGGUGUAAGGACUAUUCCCGCUUUGAAGAAAACAGGCAGCUGUCCUUGCUCGUCCACUCUUACAGGAAGCUGUGUCUCUAUAUCACCCAGUCACCACUGGCUCCGCACAUAGCCAGCGCUGCCAGUGACUCGCCGGACCUCCAGGCUGUCCUAAAUGAGGGUCUCUCAUUGGCUGAGAGUGAGCCAGAGGUGGAGGACGUUUCAGAUUCACUUGGGCUGUCGCACACAGCUUCCACCUCUGACGUGGUGCAGCCCAUUGAAGCUUCACCAAAAAAAGAACUUAAAGAAGAGGAGCUGUCCCCCAUGAGCAUUAACGGACUGCAUGAUUGUAACGGCCUGGUCACUUUGGACACCCUGCAGCCAAUCACCAUAAAAACAGCUGGAGGUGUUGUAAAGCAGGAGUGCUUUUCGGAGGAGAUCCCGGUGUGUGUUAGCGUCACAGCUGGCAGCGAGGCUGGGCUUUGUGACAUUAGCACUUUCCGGGAUGACAUGAAACCUGGUGGGGGGCAGUUGUUGCUGAGUGUUGAGGAGGUGUUGCGGACUCUGGAGACAGACAGUGACCCUGACCACAUCUCUGAAACCAACCUCCAGCCAGACUGCCCCCUGUCUGUACCUCAGUCUGGCCUCAAUGGGCCUCGCUGCCCAUCCAGCCGCAACUCCUCCCACCUCAUCCCCUCGCUACCCCCAGAAAACAGCCUUCAGCCCCUCCAGCCUCACACACAUCCCUCCACACAUGCCCCCCCUCGGUGCCACCGUAAGCGUUCCCACUCUGAAAGUGACAGUGAAAAAGUGCAGCCCCUUCCCAUCUCAAGCCUCCUACGAGGGCCUCCCCUUUAUGCCAGCAGCUCCCCCCACCAUCUUAACCCUGGUGUCAUCACCAAACAGGAGCCUAAAUUCCUUGCAGCCGUGCCCCACCCACACUUGGCCCCAGUGCCUAAUGGUAGCCCCGCUAAAGUGGGCAAGACUGUGCUCAUGUCCAGCAAGGCGCUGAAAAAGACUGUGGAGCACCACGGGCCCACCACCUGGAAGACUCAUACCAAGGCCGGCCAAGUGGCCCCCAAGCCCCGUGUACAGCCCCGUGACCGGGUCACCCACCACCCCCAUGUGCACCCCCUAACACACCCACCCAGCCCCUCAAAGCCACUAUACAAGAAGCCUGUGGAGAAGAAGGGCUGCAAGUGUGGCCGAGCCACACAGAACCCCUCUGUGUUGACCUGCAGGGGGCAGCGCUGCCCCUGCUACUCCAACCGCAAGGCGUGUCAGGAAUGUAUCUGCCGUGGCUGCCAGAACUCCUACAUGGCCAAUGGAGAGAAGAAGCUGGAGGCCUUUGCUGUGCCAGAGAAAGCUCUGGAACAGACCCGGCUCACGCUGGGCAUCAACCUCACCAGUAUCGCCGCGGCGGCCCUCCGCAACCCCGCCUCCUGCUCCCCUGGCAGCACCCUCCUCAAUGUCACUGGGGCGCCUGUCACAACUACCUUCCUGUCGGGGGCGGGGCACGAUAACAGGGGCUUUGACGAUUCACUGGAGAUGCGGUUUGACUGUUGAGGCGCCGCCCGUCCUUCGGUCAGAGAGCACACACAUUCCCUGCCCCGCCAGCCGGGUGGGAUCCAUCGGGUCAGACCAGGGACCUGAAGUGGCGGAGCCAGAACAAGGCAGCUACAGUGACAGGCAGGAGCGAGGGUCAGCAGCUGAGGCUGAGUCGCCACCCUCCAUCCGUUGCCCGAAACUGCACCAUGCUUGUGGUUUUGCGUAUACACCCAGCUGCCACUUGUUUAGGUACACAAAGCUAAAACUCAUGCAUUCUACUCCAGCAGCCCUGCAGUACUUCCUCUUUCAUGAAGGUGAAAAUGUGCAGUUUUUGUUGAAACUGUUUUAAAGAGGUGUGAAUUUAACUCAUGAGUUGUUUUUAUUGACAGUGUUUCUAUUUCUUUGUCCAGGAUUUUCUUUGCAGGGUUGUUGUUGUAGACUGUGGCAGUUUUCGCUUGUUGUCCCUAAUAACUGUCAACUGAGUGUACACACGACGUAGGACAGAAGAAGAAAGAGAGAGGGGAGAUGUAGCGUUAAUGUAUGUGCAGAGAUAUCAUUUCAAUGGGGAUAGAGUUUCUUUGUUUUUGUUUUCUUUCCUACUGUGGGUAACGUGUAGAGCAUGUUGUGUAGCUAAAGUGUGAGUGUGAGUGUGUGCGUGCAUGUGAGUGUGCACUGAAUGUCUGAGAUGGUUUGGUUUGGAAGGGAACUUAUCAGCAGGAGACAUUAACAUCAUCAGCGACUGGUGUAAUUUCUAUCAAACUUUAAGACGUUUAUAAUGUGUCUCUCAGUUACAUUAAAAACCAGUGGAAGCCGGUGCAGGGGCCCACCUGCGUUCGACCAGAAUGUUUUCAUACAGGUAAAUGAAAUCAACAAAUGUCACCUCAGAUUUUGUCUGUUGAAUGUGAAAUGAGCCACAGUCAGACACCCAGACACGUGCAGCAGUAGUAAAACGGUAAUUUAACCACUGGGGCAAACCUCUGUCCUUUGUUUGCUUUUAAAUGAUUUUAAAUUUAAAUAUUAAGUUUAACCUGUUAAUCCUUCUUUUUGAGUCAAUUUUCCAGACAACUUAAACCGCAGUAUUUCUGAUCUCUUCUUACUUGUGGUACAUCUCUGGUUGACUGCAGGCCCAGCACAUCACUGUUCAUAAGUACUUGGUUUCUGGAAGCUAAACAUAUGCUGCUACCUAAACAACAGGAAUGACUCAACAAGAAGAGCACGGCGGAUUUCCUCCAUCCUUGUUCCUUCAUUUUUUCUGUUUUCACAAACGACAUUUGCAGUAUUUAUUGGACACCCCCUGACGCUUGUUACAUGUCGGCCUCGAUUCUGCUCGCAGCCUGUUGAGUCCGUCAGUUCAGUCUGGACCCUUUCUGUCUCAGUCAAGUUACCGUCUUAUUUUUAGUGUUUCAAAUCGUUUUUGUUCACCCUUGGGGCAUUUAAAUAACUGUAAUAUAAGUGUAACAUAUUUCCACAAAAAGAAAGAAAAUCAAAAACUCACAAAGUGUUGUGUGGUUAUUUGUUUCCCUCCUGUCUGAAGCCUUCUGCAGUUUUCUAGGAGCCACCAUGUGUGGUUGGUUGUUGCUGCACUGCUGAAGGUGGACACUGUAAGGCUGUGUGGAGCCCCAUGUUGCACCAGCAGGAGGCAGAACACACCUGUAAAUGUCCAGUAAUCUACAGCUGACCACGUUAGGAGGCCCAAUAAAAGGUUCACUGCUUUCAUUCUGACCUGUUUGCUAAUGUGGCUACACUUGAUUAUUCUGCUUGACCUCACUAGAUGAAACGACUCAGCUCUGCCC